AUGGCGGAUUCAGUUACCAUGUCCCCAGGAGCCCAGCAACCCAGUUCUAUCUCGGUCAAGGGUUUCAAGAUCACCACGCAGAAGUUGCCAAUCCUAAAGGCUGAUCCGAUUGAAGACAUGACCAAGAAGCUCGGAAUUACGCCACCCGAAAUGAUAUUCGGCGAUAAUUAUGUUGCGAUAGAGCAUGAAAAAAGUGGCUGGGGUAUCAACUUCAAUGCUUUUGAUGCUUUGGAUCGGGUUGAUAAAACUGGCUCAUCAAUGCUGAAGGUUGCAUAUUCGAGAGAAUGGCAGAGUAGCAGAGAGAAAACCCAUGAAGGAAUCAAGGAAAUUGUCAAGCCGUUUGACUGGUCCUACAGUACAGACUACACGGGCACUGUCUCUCGUAACGCAAGGGAUUUUGAACCGACAACGCAAGCCAUACCGAUCGAGUUACUCAAGCGACCGGACCCGAUAUUGUUUUUCGAUGAGGUCAUCCUCUACGAGGAUGAACUUGCGGACAACGGCAUCGCUAUGUUAUCCUGCAAGAUACGCGUAAUGCCGGACCGGCUGCUUCUGCUUUUAAGAUUCUUCAUGCGUUUGGACAAUGUACUCUUCCGUCUCCGGGAUACAAGAGUGUAUGUGGACUUUGAUACCCUCGAAGUUAUUCGCGAGUAUCAGUCCAAAGAGUGCGAUUAUGAGGUCGUUCGUCGGACCCUAGCGGCUACGAGAGAUGAUAUUCCGGCCGUCAUGAGAGAUGCCAAUAGGCUUUCAGAGAUCCUUCAAAUCAAGGAGAAACGUUCAGAGCGAGUCACUCUCACCAAAUAG